GUCAGUGAGAAGCCCCGCCUCCUUAGAGUCAGAUUGCGGACCGCUCCGGGACCAGAACCCGACAGUUCCCCAGAACAGCAGUGAUCAGCUGCAGAGGAGUUAUUGAUUACUGAUCGAUCAGUGAUCGAUCAGUGAGGUGUGUUCGAUCAGUGUGAGGGGAUGUCCCGGCUGCUGGAGAGCAGGAGACAGGACAGGAUGAAGGAAAUCAACCAGAAGAAUAAGGAGAAGCAGCGUCUAAAGGAGAGAGAGAAGGAGGCAAGGGAGAGAGAGUCCAGGUCCAGUAACGGUCACCUCUUCACGUCGCUGACGGUGUCGUCGACCACGUUGUGCUCGUCCUGCAACAGGAGCAUCACGGCCAAGGAGGCACUCAGCUGCCCCGCCUGCAAUGUCACCAUACAUAAUCGCUGCAGAGACAGUUUGGCUAACUGUGCCAAGAUGAAACAGAAGCAACAGAAGCUGUCGAUGGUCAGAAACAGUUCAGCUCUGCAGAACGUUGCCCUGCGGACAAAAACUCCGAUGAUGAAGGAGCGUCCGAGCUCGGCCAUCUAUCCGUCCGACAGUCUCCGUCAGUCGCUGCUCGGGUCCAGACGAGUUCGCUCGGGACUCUCACUCGCGAAGAGCGUCUCCACCAAUAACAUCGCAGGGGGGACGGAGGACUCUGCAGGUCUCAGGAGGAUUCUGUCUCAGUCCACUGAGUCGUUGAACUUCAGGAGCAGAACUUUGUCCAUGGAGUCUCUGACCGACGACGGAGAGUGGUGGUGGAGCCCCCUGCUGGAGCAGCUGCAGGUGGAGGGCGGUUGUGUACAGGCCGACAGUUGGAGUCUCGCUGUGGAAUCAAACUUCCUUCAGACGCUUCACAAGGACGUCAUCAAACGACAGGACGUCAUCUAUGAGCUGAUCCAGACUGAGUUUCACCACGUGCGGACGUUGCGGAUCAUGGAGGGAGUGUACCGGCGGGGAAUGCAGGAGGAGGUGAUGCUGGAGGCGGGUGUGGUUCACACCAUCUUCCCCUGUCUGGACCAGCUGCUGGAGCUCCACUCCAGCUUCCUAUUGGAGCUGCUGCUCCGCAGGACGGAGGGACUGACGGAGGGCAGCACCAGCAACUUCGCCAUCCGGCGCAUUGGAGACCUGCUUCUCCGACAGUUUUCAGGUCAGUGUGCUGACGACAUGAAGAAACUUUACUCUGAGUUCUGCAGUCGACACCCGAAAGCAGUGAAACUGUACAAAGAAGUUUUUGCUCGAGACCGAAGACUACAGCAGUUCAUCAGGCGGGUCUGUCGUGGUCCUUUACUGCGUCGUCAUGGAGUCCAGGAGUGCAUCCUUCUGGUGACACAACGAAUCACUAAGUACCCAGUCCUCAUCCAACGGAUCCUCGACAACACCAAAGGCAGUGAGGAGGAGGCGCAGGCUCUUCGCCAGGCGCUGCAGCUUCUGAAGCAACUGAUUGGCUCUGUGGACCAGGAGGUGCUGGAGCUGGACCGAACCAGGAGGCUGCAGGAGAUCCAGGCCCGUCUGGACCCCCGGGCUCAGGCGGAGGUCCGGGGAGGAGGAGUAUUCAGAGGAGGAGAGCUGCUGAGAAGGAGGCUCCUUCAUGAGGGGACGUUUCUCUGGAAGCUCCAGGGCUCCAGGAUGAAAGAUGUUCAGGUCCUGCUGAUGUCAGACAUCCUGGUUUUCCUUCAGGAGAAAGAUCAGAAGUUUACCUUUGCAUCCCUGGAGAAGUCUCCUGUGGUCUCUCUGACGAAGCUGAUCGUCAGAGAUAUAGCCAAUCAGGAGCGAGGGAUGUACCUGAUCAGUGACUCCACCCCUCCAGAGAUGUACGAACUUCAUGCUCCAUCUAAAGACGACCGCCGAACCUGGAUGAUGCGGAUCCAGCAGGCUGCUCUCAGUUCUCCUUCCAGAGACGAGUUUCCUCUCAUCGAGACUGAAGACAAAGCUUUACUGCGAAGACUCAAAGCUGACAUCCAGCAGAAGGACAGGGAGGUGCUGGAGCUCCUGCAGGAGCGUGUGACUCUGUUCUCUGACCUGGUGGAGGCGACAGGAAGAGGAGGAGAUGUGGAGGUGAGCUCCUCCUCCAGCUCGUUGCUCUGCAGGAACUUGUUCAGGGCCGACACUCCUUACGCUCCUCAGGCAGAGCCGCUCCUCACGGCCGCCGUCGCUGAAGUCGACAAACUGAUGGAGCUGCUGUUAGUCCAGAGAUCCUCUGUAACCAACGGCAACCAGGAGCUCAGCAACGGAGACUCUGGUUCUCUGGACGGUUCUCUGGACCUUAACCAUGGAUCCUCCAAGGACAGAAACGGGAAUCAGCUGCAGGAACGUACAUUCAACAAGGAAGCUCGUCGGCGAUUGGUCAAUCUGAGCCUCCAGCUUCACGCCCUGCAGGCUGCUGUGAUUCGUCAGGACUCAAUCCUGGAGCUAUCAGUCAGUACAGGUCCCGCCCCCUCCACCACCCAUUGCUCCACCCCUAGUCCCGGCUCUGGCCCCCGCCUCAGUCGGUCGGUGUCGCGGGACACGGGGUUGGGCGCCAGCGGUGAGGCAAUACUUUUACGGCGGCAGGUGGACCUCCUGCAGGAGGAAGUGACACGGCUGCGUCUGAGGGGGGAGGGGCCUGACAGGGAGGAGGCAGAACAAGGCGGCAGGAGGAGGGGCAACGGAGAGAUGAGAGAUGUCAUCAAGGAGAACCAGAGGAGCAACAAGUGUGGGAGCAGGGAACUAGAGCUCCGCCCCCUUGUCCCAGUCGACCAAUUAGACGGCUCCCCGGAAGGAAAAGAGGAGGUAGAGGAGGAAAUGAUGAAGAUCUCUCCUCGCUCUGACAGCCCCAGAGACCUGCAGGACAUCCCUGAGGAGAGCGAGUGUGGAGCUGAACCCAGUUAACCACAACACACCUGACCUCCUGACAUCCUGACCUCUAGAACCGUGAUGUCCCUGGCUGAUCAGUCAUUGUCAGCUAAAGAUGAUGUCAUUCCCCCCCUAAAUAUUGCUGUUAAAAAUCUUGGACCCGUUUACAUCAUCAUGUCAGCUGGAGCCCCGCCCACAUGCGCUGUGGUGGGAGGGGCUUAUUACUCAGUUUUCAUGGGAGACAUUACACAGUUUUAAUUCCUACGUUCUGACGUUUAUCUCAAGGAAAGAUUAAGUUGAAUAUUCAGGUAAAUUUAGUUUUUGGUUCAAAAACGAUUUGUGGUGUUUAUAACAGUUUUAACUUUAUACAAGCCCCGCCCACUGCCUCAUCUUCGUCAGGUGAGGACAGUGACAGACACUCACCAUGAGACACACUACAUUACCCAGUGUGCCUUUGGUUACUGUGGGGGUGUAAUCUGUUUUAAUCUGCGUAAUAAACGCUGCGUUCAGUUGAUGUAAAUUUCUUCAGUAGUGGAAAAAUCAUGUCAGAUUUUAUUAUCGGAGUUAAAAACAAAUCCGUGUUUGUUUGUGAAAAAUGUGAAACCAAAAAAAAGUUUUUUUUAAAGUCUAGAAGUUGUGAGACGAAGAACAUUCGUUCACUCUGAACAUGAUGCAGGUUUUCACCUAUAGACUCCACCCGCCUGAGUGGGGGGGGGGGGGCGCUACAGCUGGGGGGUGGUACAGCUGGGGGGGGCAACAGACAGGGGGGUGUAUAGGGUGGAGGAGUAGAAGCUGUUUAUUAUCUUGAAGCCUGAGGUCACUGCUGAAGUCUGUCUCUGAUUGGUCGGCUGGAUGAACCAAUCAGUUUGUUUGAUGCUGAUCUUGAUCAAGUCUGAAGAAAAAUCACUUCAGGAAUUCUUAACUACAAACUUGUAAGAUUGUGUUGCCAUGGACACAAUCCUGUGUCUCUGUGACUUUGGUUGAUGUUGACGUGAUUGUAAAUGUAAAUCAGCAGUGAUGAUGAUGAUGAUGAUGAUGAUGAUGAUCAUCAGAUUCGAUCUCACGUUUUAAGGUGAAGUUCAGUUUUAUAGGCGACAGUUUGUCAUGUGAUCGACCUGCUGGUGAUGAUGAAGAGAAAAUCUGAACGAAUCGGAGGAGUUUACAGACGACGCUGUAAUAUUUACUUCAAAAUAAGUCUGAGCUCUUUAAUAGAAAACGGUGUGUCACGUUCAAACAGUAGAAACAUUGACGUGACGUUAGUGUCCGUUGUAUAAAGACUUGAUCAGAAGUGUAAAUGAUUUCAUGUUUUUAUGUUUGUGUGCUCUUUAUAAAUCUAAUCAGCUGGACAACA